AUGCGAUAUCGCGAGAAGAAGACCUACUUCGUCUACGGAACCGGGUAUCCGCAAGACAAACUCUGCCUGGGCAACUUAGUCUUGCGAGAUUAUGCCAAUCCAACCAGAGUCCGACACUACACUCAUCCCAAUCUACCUGACGAGGGUCGUCGAAACCAUGCAAACAUCAUCCCACUUCCGAAAACAACGAGGGUCAAGGUCAAGAAAGGACUCAAUAUCUCCAUUGGAGCCGACUUGGUCGAUAUCGUUACUCUCAAAUUCCCUUGGAAUUCAACACGCACGCGGCUGAUUAGUGCGCCGAGCGGGCAGAAGAUCGAGCUUAAGAAUUCAGACUCGUUCUUUCAUCACGAGGUAUUGAAGAAUGAUGAAGCACGCAGAACCCUCGCCACGUGGGUCUCGGCCGCACACAGCGACCGGAUGAAUAUCUUCAGACGCAAGCCGCGCAUCUGGCUGCUAACAGGUCUGUACAUUUUCCGAGACGCAACCUGCAGCGAGAUUGAGAAUGCAUCGGCCGGCGCCGAAGCAGCGCUCAGUUCUGCCCUUGUGGCUGCUGCUGGGGGGCCCCCUGUCGGCCCCGAGGUGGACGUAAGUGUAGUAAAGCAAAUAGAGACUGAAGUACCGCUGGCGGGCGAUCUUGUGUGGGCUGCUCAGUGGACGCUGCUGAACCUCGAGGGCGUCUGGUAUCGGAGCGGCAUCGAGGGCAGUGACAGUCAAGGAUGGAUGGUGCCGUUCUCGAUUUCUCUGUAUCCAGAUCGGUUCAGUAGCGGUGUUCUAAAGGCAGGAGCGAGCGACGAGAUUGCAUAUCUUUCCGUACGUGAGAGAGUGCUUGAUCAAGACGAGGGGCAGGAACAGCUAGAAGAUCUUAGCGUGCAACCGGAAGACGAAUAUGAUCGGCAGCUGGAAAAGGCAAUAUGCGACUUCCAAGAGAGUGUCACAGAGCAGGAGGCGAAGGAUGCAGACCCGGUGUAUCAAGCACGGAAGAAAGAACUAUUGGAUGGUCAACGGAGAGCUUAUGAGGACUUUGAGCUGGCAUGUGAGGAAUUUCCACCAGGCUCGAAGGAACGGCGAGAGACCCACCAAGCCUUAAAUGAGGCGGAUGAAGCUGUCAGAGAGUUCGAAUCCGAAUUGUAG